AUCUGCAAUCAAGGAGAGGCUAACAUAUAUGGAGAAUGCGUUUGUGCUAAUGGUUACUCGGGUCAAUUUUGUGAUCUACCUCCUUGCCAAAAUGGUGCCACGAGAUCGAUGACAGUUUGUCUUUGCGCUACAGGAUAUUAUGGACUAUUUUGCGAAAAAAGAAUUGGAGGGUUUGAAGCUACCACAACAACGAUUAUUACACCGAAUACUACUACAGUGCCUUUGCAACCAACUACUCAAGUCAGCGCAGCAUCCAAUGGAACUGAAGGAUUUGAAUCUACCACAACAACGAUAUCCACACCUAAUACUACUGAAAUGCCUUUGCAACCAACUACUCAAGUCAGCGCAGCAUCAAAUGGAACUGAAGGGUUUGAAUCUACC